AUGGCAUCGAACGAGACGAAGUUGCUGGAGCCGUACGCGUACAUCAGUCAACUGCCGGGCAAGGGCGUACGUGGCAAGAUGAUCGGCGCGUUCCAGACGUGGCUCUGUGCACCCGCUGAGACCGUGAGGAGUAUCCAAAGCAUCGUGGAUCAGCUGCACAAUGCCAGUCUCCUAAUUGACGAUAUUGAGGACGAUUCGGAGAUGAGACGGGGCCAGCCCGUAGCCCAUCAUAUUUUCGGCGUACCAGCCACAAUUAAUUGUGCCAAUUACGUCUAUUUCCUGUCGCUGCAAGAGUGUCAAGCACUGGGAAAUCCUAAGGCCAUGCAAGUUUACACCGACGAGAUGCUGAGACUGCAUCAAGGCCAAGGCCUGGACAUUUUCUGGCGAGAUCAUUUGCAAUGUCCUACAGUUGACGAGUACCUCGAGAUGGUGCAAAACAAGACAGGAGGACUUUUUCGGCUUGCAGUGGGGCUAAUGCAAGCAUUUAGUGACUGUUCACUUGACUUCACGCCGCUCGUGAACGCACUCGCUGUUUACUUUCAAAUUCGAGAUGACUAUAUCAAUCUACUCGACGCAGCAUACAUGGAAAACAAGAGCUUCUGCGAAGACCUUACUGAGGGUAAAUUCUCGUUUCCGCUCAUCGUGGCUAUUCGCGAGAACCCGCAGGACACAAGACUGCUGAGUAUUUUGAAACAACGCACCAAGAGCAAGAAUCUCAAGCAGUAUGCCGUGCAGUAUUUGCGCGAAACAGGUGCCGUCGAAUUCACUCUUGCGAAGCUCAACGAGACAGUGCAGGAGAUUCGCAACGAAGUCGCCGCGCUAGGAGGGAAUCGAGCACUGGAAGAGAUCGUGGAUAGUUUGCAUGCGACUAUAAAAUAG